GCCGAGCCCCGCGUCGUCUGGAAGCCACGGAAAAGCUGAUGAGGAACAUUGGGAGCGUGCUGCCAAAAAUGGAUCAAAGACAUCGUUGGGGGGGGGUCACGUGUCGUAAUUCGAGCCAGGACCGAUUUAGUUCCUGUCGUCGCUAUUGCUGCUGAAACCGUGAGGGAUGACGAAAUCUUAUCUCAUCUCUUCCUGAGGUUGCGUACCAUAGGGAAUCUAUAAAGUUUGGAACUUGAAGUCCUGGAUCGCUUUUGGUGUAUUUUCCUGAAGGGCGGAAUCGAUCGAGUCUGUUUUUCCUCACUUUUACAAUAGAAACUCGUUUUGGAAGAGUCAAGUCUGGUAUCCAAUGAUGCCGCGGACACGCGGUCCCGCAAACACGAGCGAGCCUUUGCCCUUCGGCCCCUCGCCCUCGGCGGUCAACCGUCGACAGUCGGCGCAGAAAUAAGACGAAGCCGGAGAAUGAAAUCCGUGCGCUCAUCUGGAGUGACGGCUCGGGUUUAUUGGCUACUGGAAGCUAAUCGAUGUUUCUGCGCAGCCUAUCACAAGUGGCCAACGGAAGCGCACGUCCUCCCCCCGCGGCCUUUGUUCCCCUCUCCGCUUCCGCUUCGCGGCGUUUGGCUCGCCGCUGGAAGUCGUCGAAAGGAAGUCGGGAUGUGUCGUACGGGAAAGUGCGCCCGCGCGGUGGGCCUGAUCCUGCUGCCGUCGGCCUUCGUCUGCAUGACCGCCAACCUGCUGCUCUUCUUCCCCGACGGCCAAAGUCUGGAAAACGAUCAGAUCUCGCUGCAGGUGUGGCUGAUGGGGGGUCUGCUCGGAGGAGGCCUCUUUAUGCUGUGCCCGAGCUGCUCCGCUAUCAGGGCCGGGGGCAAGGGUUGCUGCGGAAAGGGUUGCUGCGGCAACCGUUGCCGGAUGCUGAGGUCGGCGCUCUCGUCGGCUUUCGGCCUGGCGGGCGCCGUCUACUGCGCCGGCGUGGCCUCGGCCGGGCUGGCCGUCGGACCCAAGUGUCGCGUGGCGGGAGACGUCUGGAAGUACCCCUUCGAGGAGCUCGGAACGGGCGGCGAGAGCUACCUGGCGAACCGGACCUUGUGGGACGCGUGCGAGUACCCCCGCAAUGCGGUGAUGUGGCACGUGGUUCUCUUCUCCGUCCUGCUGUCGGCGGGCGCGCUGCAGACGGUGCUGUGCGGCGUCCAGGUGCUCAACGGCUGCUUGGGCUGCAUCUGCGGGGACUGUCGAGACGGCGAGGAGGACGAAAGUGGCUUGUGAACCGGGCUGCCGGGAUCCAGUGGAAUUCUCCCGCGCUGACCGGACCGGCUUUUCCUUCACCGCCCGUCUUUUACCGUACCUAAAGCUACUUCGAGUACACGCCCAGCUCUUCAUAUCGAACGAAACACACUCGGGCGUGAUCCUUUAUCAAUUCAAGACUGCGCGCUUGACAAACGUAUUAGAGGAGCAGCCGGCGGAAAAGUCACGCCGCAGCGUUGCUAAUGCAAAGCGGAAAUUCUCCUCGCGAACACGAGUCGUACGUUUUCCAUAGAUAGAGGCCCAAUUGAUUGAAUUGCUACAAAAGCUCCUCAGGGUCUUAACAAAAGCCAAUUCAGUGAGCUGCAAUUUGGCCGUCAAAGGUCAACGGACUUUUCGGUCCGUCAUCGCUGAGCAAAAUUCCACACGAUGCCGGAUGCCGCCUUGUCCUUUUGCUACAUUUGUCAAGCGCCGGAAGUCAUGACUGUCAAAACUGCAAAUCCCAGUUUGUCCAUUAAAGGUGUGUCCGACAGUCAAA